UUCAAAGAGUUUCAUAGUGACGAUGCAGUACCAAGAAAUAACAGGUUUUGUAGAAUCAUCCCAUGUUUCGACAGAUUUAUCACUAAGUUUAGCAUCCUCCGAAAACAAAAGCAAUGAGAGAAACAGAAAGGGGAGAAAGAAAAAGUCAAUGAAAAUGGAGAAUGAUGAGUGGAAGUGUUCAACAUCGCUGGUGCUUUGCGAGAAUCCAUGGAAGAUAAGGAAAGUGUUGACCACGAGCGACACUGGGGGACUCAGCAGGCUCUUGCUGAGGGAAUAUGUGGGGGAGAACUUCAUGCUGCCCGUGCUGGAUGCACAUGCGCACAGAAAGGUCAUAAGUGGAACGGGCAGCUCGGUCAGCGUGUGGGACGUUGACACCAUGUCCAUGCACAACCUCAUUCUCAAGCGUUGGCCUUCUCUCAACAGCUUUGUUCUCGUUGGAAAAUGGAACCGUGACUUUGUUCUCAGAAGAGCCUUGAACACAGGCGAUGAAAUUGGACUGCUCUGGGAUUCCUUCAAACACUGCUUCCUAUUUUCUGUGCUCAAACGCAAUCACUAGUUAUUCUCGAAAAUCCCACGUCAAGAUAAGGCCAAUUCAUAAUUUAUAAGUAAAUAUAAAUCUUGUUUUAGAAGCUGAUUUUUUACAGUUAAGUUAGGUUUAAAGUACACUUCUAUAUACUACUCUUCAACUGUCAUAAUCAUUACUAUUAUCAUCAACCGUAAUGUUUAUAAGGAAUCAUAUGAUUUAGUAAAUAAUAGUCACAGGUAUUGUGAUUGUCAUUAAGAAAAUUUAUGAAACAGAUGCUUAUUGUGAUAGAGGUUAUGAUCUUGGGUGAUAUAUGAAAGUCAACAAAUAAUUUCUAAUGUAGCGCUGGUGUAAACA